AAUGGAAAAACAAAGAGUGAUGUUAUUUUUCUAAAAUUCAACAAAGGUUCUUAAAUACUUAUUGGAGGGUGGGAUAGAGAUAGAGAAAAGAUUUGGUAGAGAUAUAGAGCAAAAGAUAAUAAACGACAGAUGGAGAUGGGCACUUGUUGAGCUAUUCUCCAACACCAACUCCUUGCUUAAGCAGCCAAAAAGGAAGUUUUUUGGGGAUAAAAUCUCUGCAGAUUCAAAACCCAAGGUCCCUUUCUCUAUUGCAGCUACUUUCUCUAUUGCAGCUCCUUUCUCUCUCUUUCUCUCUUCCAUAGUAUUCUGUAUAAGAAUCUUUUCAGAAGAAUGGAAGGAGAAAAAGGAAUAUCUGCAACAAGUGAAAAAACAAGAAGGUUUAAGAGAAUAUGUGUCUUCUGUGGGAGUAGAGCUGGAUACAAGUCUUCAUUUGGUGAUGCUGCUCUUCAACUUGGUAAAGAACUGGUUGAGAGAAAGAUUAAUUUGGUGUAUGGUGGAGGAAGUGUAGGUCUUAUGGGUUUGAUCUCACAAACUGUGUUUAAUGGAGGUUGCCAUGUUCUUGGAGUGAUCCCUACGGCUCUCAGGCUACAUGAGAUAUCAGGAGAAACCAUAGGAGAAGUGAUAACUGUUGCAGAUAUGCACCAAAGAAAAGCAGAAAUGGCAAAACAUGCAGAUGGUUUCAUUGCACUUCCUGGUGGUUAUGGAACUCUGGAAGAACUUUUAGAGAUAAUUGCCUGGUCUCAGCUAGGAAUUCAUGACAAACCAGUGGGAUUGUUAAAUGUAGAUGGAUAUUACAACAGCUUGCUUUCUUUGUUUGAUAAAGGAGUUGAAGAAGGUUUUAUAAAAGAUACAGCAAGGCAUAUAGUGGUUAUAGCAGAAACAGCAGCAGAACUCAUCAAGAAAAUGGAGGAGUACACAGCAGUCCAUGACAAGGUUGCACCCAGACAAAGUUGGGAAGUGGACCAAUUAUCAGAGUCUACAACAGGUGGGGAACCCUUAGGAUUUUAGAUCUUAAGAGGACAUCUGUAGAUAUAUAUAAAUAUAUAUAUAAGGAGAGAGAGAUAUGUUGGUGGAGUUCCAUUUCAAUCAGAAAGAAAAAGACAGCAAAAGAUGAACAGAGUCUCUUUCUUUUCUGUGGUAGGGUGGAAGUCUAAAGAUCUCAUAUCUUAAUCACUCCCCCAUUUAUGAUGACAAAUGUAUUUUAAUUUAUUUUUUUCUUGGUUCCUUUUAACUCAAUUGAAUUGCAAGAGAUUCUUUCUCU